GAUGGCAGCAGUCACAUUUGUGGAGGAGGCUCUGAUUCUACUCACAUGCUGCCGAUGUGCACCGGGACCGGGACCGGGACCAGGACCAUGCGGGGCUCCUCCAGGCUGCUGCCCGGGGCCGGGCCGCUGCUGUGCGCCCUCCUGCUGCUGUCCGCCUCCGCCUCCGGAGCCGAAGUGGUGGAGGCAGAGUCUGUGGAGGAGCUGAGCCCCAGAGCCCUGCGGGACUUCUACCCAAAAGGACCCAACCUGACCAGCGAGAAGCAGCUGCUCGGAGCUCUUCAAGAAGUCCUGGAGAAGCUGCAAGCAAAGCGCCUGCCUCUGUGGGAGAAGAAGUUCGGCCAGGUCCCCACGUGUGAUGUCGGGGAGCAGUGCGCCGUGCGUAAAGGCGCACGGAUCGGGAAGAUGUGCGACUGUCCCCGGGGAGCUUUCUGCAACUUUUUCCUGCUGAAGUGCUUAUGAGCCUGGCAACAUGUGAAUGUAGCGGCGAGACGGAGAGACGGUAUUUUUUUUAUAAAGAAGAAGAAGAAGGAAAAGUAACCAACCCUAUAUUUGCAAUCAAAUAGCCAUAUGUCACAUCGAAGCAAGAGAUGAAAUCAUUAGAGGAUCCUGUAAAUAUCAUAGGGUACACAGAAACAAACAAAUGAUCAGGUAGGGCUGAGCGAUAUGACUGAAACUGCUCAGAUCAGUAGCCUACAGGCCUGUUGAACAUUUCAUGUUGAAACAUAAUUCUUUAGUUUUUCAGAUUUUUGGUUCUGAAUGAAAGCUUAAGUUUUGUGGCUUUAAAUUAUUUGUAAAAUUAAGCAAGA